AUGGUACUCACGAGAAAUCUCGAGAAGGUCUUCUUGAAGAAAAAGAAACAAUCGAGAGCGAAAGAUGUCGAAUCGGAGCCACCCGAGAUCGGCGUGGAAGACCAACCGGCUGGAGGUGAGGAAGAGAACUCAGAGGAAACUAGGAGUGAAAGUUUCAGAGACCCUCCGACUAGAGGUGCAGUAGGAGCACGAGAUGUCAUGGGCGACAGAGGUGAGAAAGAGAACUCAGACGACCGAGGUGAGAAAGAUAACUCCGACGACGGAGGGAGUCAAAGUUUGAGAGACCCUCCGACUAGAGGUGGAGAUGGUAACGGGGGGAGUCAAAGUUUGAGUGACCCCGAUUCAAGCGUAAGGACUCUGACAAUCAAGAGCAACUGA